AUGGAGCAGAGCAUUUUCAGUGUGCAAGACUACGCUGCCGCGUCCUCAUGGCGGAGGCGGGAUCAGUUGCGGGGUCUGCUGCGCAACCACGCAGACCUUGUGACGAGCCGCAUUCCACUCGCUGCCCAGGGUGUGCUCUUCACGUCCGCGCAGAUAGCACUGCACAACACGGAGAACGGCUUGGCGGUCUCGCUGAGCCCUUUGAUGGGCACCAGUGCGGUUGGGUUGAUGCCCCUCGACGAGGCCGUGCCGUCGCUGAACGCAGCAGCGCGCACGCGGUGGCUAGACAUGGCAGAGGACACAAAGACCUCUUGCGUGGAGUGGUGCGAAGACCUGCUUUUCCUCGGCUCCAGCCGUGGCCGUGUGCUGGUGUGCGAUGUGGCAGUGGAGAGCUGCCGGGAGAGUAGCGGGCUAUUCUCUCCAUGUGGCGCGCUGCUGACCAGCUCUUCGGAGGUAAUGCUGUCUCGCGUUACCGUGUCGCCGAGCGCGCCAGCGUCCUCCACGCUGGUGCGCUCUGUCCGUGUUAACCGGCGCGUGAGCAAGACCAGCGUGCUCGCAGCACAGGACACGUCUGUUUAUCUGUGGGACCUGACAGGGGGGUCUCUGCCGGUGCAGCGGUGGUUUCCACACCAAAAUAUCGACGCGGCGACACCGGUUAUGUUUGCCGAGUGGGCUCCAGGGAGCGCGAGUGUGGUGCUGAGUGGCACCUAUGAUAGCAGCGUCAUGCUGGUAGACACACGGAGUGCCGCAGCGAGCAACAGCGUGGCCUUCUCCUGCCGCCGCGCGGGCGGCCGUCCAGCCGUGGCGCACGGCGGUGACUUUAACCCGCUCCUGCCCUUCAUCGUGGCGGUUUCGUUUUCGGACGGCACUGUGGCCGUCUACGACGCCCGGUACCCACUGCAGGCGGUGCAAACCGUAACGACCCUGCAGGGCGAUGCAGUGCGACUUCGAUGGUGGCGACACAAUGCUGACUUGCUGACGACUGCCGGCAGCGAUGGUUCAGUGGCGCUAUGGAACCUGCGCUGCCCGCCAUCCUUCUGCGUUGGCAGGGCGCAGUACCAGAUGCCACUUUCCGACUUGGUCAUGACGAAUACGUUCUCAGAUCAACGGGCGAUCGGUAUAACCGCGGGCGGCGAGCUGACUCUGACAGGCCUGCAGCCGGAGGCGCUCAUGGGGCUGGCGCCAACCUUGUCCUACGGCAAAGAAGAAGCCGAGCGCAAGGGCAGCGGGGGUCCCAGCGGCGGCAGCGCUGCCUCGGCACCACCGCCGCCCAUCACGGCGGCGGAGGAGGAGGCCCUGCGUAAGGAGGAGCACGACGCGUGCGGCUUCUUGUACUUGCGCCGGUUGAGGGAGGCGUACCAGAUGUUGGCUCAGUGCGCAAGUCGUCGCCUGGCGCUGCACCAGACGGACGUGGCGAUGCAGCUCAUUUCGCACAUUGAUGUGGUGCGGGUGCCGCUCUUCGACUACGCCGGCUUUGUCGAGCAGCUGCACGGCGCGGCGAAAGGGAUGAACGACGUGUUGCAGGUGCUGGAAGAGAAAGGGUGGUCCUAUGAAACGAUUCGGCUGCAGUUCGAGGCCAACCUGCUUCACUGCUCCUCCCACCUCUCGACGACGGUGGCGCUGGAUCGCAUCCGGGCCAUGUCGAAGCCGAACCCCUCCGACGUGCAGACACUGGAGGCCCUUCGGCUGAACGUGAUGCUCCACCGCGUGCUCGACUCCGAGGACGUCGAUCAGGUCGUCGUGAGCGUGCGCACCGCGCUCGACUUAAUCAUGGCACACCCGGGCAUCUCCGAGCUCAUCGACGUGCAGACUGUGGAGCAGAUCGUACGCCUGCUGCUGCGCAAGAACUACCCGGAGGGUGAGAGGUUUGUGCAGUUUCUCCUCUCGCAGCUCCGCACUGACAGGGGACAGACGGAUGUGCCUUACCAGCUGCUCCGUGCGGCCAUGAGCGCCGCGCAGGAGCCGUCUGUCACCAUGGGGAUGCAAACGCGCGUGGCGCGCCGUUUCGUUGAGCGCUUCUAUCGAGACAUGACAGCCGCGACGGACGCGGUGCUGACGCAGCUCCACAUUCAGCGCCUCGGAGUGGAAAACUACCGUGAGGUGAUUACCAUCGUCAAUACCUACCAGGAGCGGUGCAUCCAGAAAAACUUGCCCGGCAUGUUCGGCUGGGUUGCCCUAAAGCCGUUGCUGCUGUUUCUUCACUGCCUCACGGCAGACUCGAACUACGUGACGUUCUUCUGGGUCAGUGUGCAGUACAUCGAGGCGUUCGCGCACUUCCCGGGCGUGCGCAAGGUAGAGGCGGUGCUGUUCGCCGUUGUCGACCGCAUCCACAGCGCCGCAGGGAAGAUCACGAAUGACCUCGACGAACUCGCCGACACGACUCGCUUCUCCAUCCCCAUGCUGAGGCAUGUGGACAACACGCUCAGCACGACGCACGAGUUCCUGACGGUGUUGAUUCGGGUGCAGCUCGAGUGCGAGAACGUGGCCGUAGCACGCAACAUGCGUGCAAUGCCGCCUGUAAUGGAGCAGGUGCAGGAUGUGCUGAACUCCGCCUCCGAGGACGUCCUCGACGCAUGGGCGGGUGUGAUGGAUGCGCUGCUGGAGUGCGACCAGUCGGACAUGAUCCGCAAAUAUUGCCUCUCGACGGUGCGCACGUUCUCCGAGCAGAUGGAGGACUUGAUGGAGGUAUCGGCGAAGGGCGAUGCAGACGAGCGGCUCAACGAGAUUCUCGACGUGUGCGACGACUUCUUUGCUGCGGUGGCCCGCCGCAAAGCCAUGGGUGCGGACGACCCCUGA